AUUCUUGUCUGUGUUUUGCUGAUUAAUUUGGCGGAAUUCAUUCAUGUUUUAAUUAUUGUUUCUAUUUUGUUGAUUAAUGCUGUUUCAUUCUGGCUGCUGUGUACUUUGCAUAAGAGAAAAUGUGUUUACAUUGUCAUUUUCUGGUGCACUAUCAUCAAGCAAUCUUUUCUUGGAUCCCAACGGUCUCUCCACAAAGGAUUCUUCGCUGUUUUCUCUCUUUCUCCGGUCCCUCCCUCCUUCAAAAUGUUGUUGUUGUUCAUCAUCUGAAUCUGACCUCCUCUGCCCUUGAUCCAAUUGCAUCCCCCCAUUGAUGAUAUGUUAUGCAUUUUGGAAUGGGUGUUUUAAUAAAAAAAAAAAAAUCCAACAUAGUGAGCAUAUCUGGAAGCAUAACUUCACGAAUCGAAUUCUGAAGCAUGAAAUUUAAUUUUAGUGUUUUACUACUUUUUUUUUCUGGAAAAACACAGACAAAUAGACAUAGUGAGCAUAUAGAAUCUACUUCAUAGUGUAAGAGAUUUGUUACGUGGUCCUGGAGCUGUUUAUUCAACGCAAACCAACUUAACAGCUCAAGAGCAUGGCCAUGACUUAGUAGGUUGUUUCCACAUUGGCAGCAAUUACCACAUGCUCAUCUCUAGUUGUUACGAUGAUUCUACUUCCUGAUCCAAACCAACUGUAUUCCCCAAUGAAAGACUCCAGUUGCUGCAAUCAAUUAGCAUCACCAACCACUAUGAGAACCUUUUUACAGUAAAGUCUAUUUUUUAUCUGAUUAAUUCCUCUAUAUUUGUUUCCCACUUUCAAAUCUCUGUGGUUCAAAACCUCUGAAAGAAGUGCUUCUUAUAGUUGAACUUUUCCAAAUCUUUUGACUUGAAACUUCUCUAACAUUUUCAAUGAAAACACUGCCCUCAUACUGAUUAAUAAUGUGGUUAUAAACAGACUUAGGAACUGUAGUUUUUCCUAUUCCCACACUUCCAUAGAUUCCUAUAGACCACACAUCAUCUAAUCCAAUUUCCAAAAGUGAUUUAAUAUCUCACACUGGGGAAUUCAGUGCAACAGGAUGUUUAGCUACGCUGAAAGUUGUGGGAUUCAGUGUACUGAAUAUCUCUUCAAAAAUUCUUUUGAAAAACUGAGAUUUCACUCAUCUCCUAUGUGCCACCCAGACAAAGUAGCUACUUCACAUAGAGCUACCCACUGUCUUUUCACCUUGUCCACAUCAUAACUUACCCUUAUGGUUUGUCAAAGCUUCUUCAAAGUUUUCCUUUUGUUCUCUCACCUGAGAUGGACUAAUUUGAUAAAAAAACAGGCAAACCAAGAUGACCUUUGGAAUCCUCACACUCAAGGAUCUUAAAGAGUUCAUCUAAGCAAAAAGUGGAAGAAACGUAAGUCUUGUAUAAUAUGAGAACUGUGAUCCUUGAGUCUUCAAAAACACCAAAAAAGUUGAGAUAUGGACUUAAACGGUGCUGUUGAGGACAUAAUGCCUUGGGAAGGGACUCUAUCUUCAAGUGAUUUUUUCCUUUCUGCUCGUACAUUUUCUGAGAAGUGGAAAAUGUUCAAUCCUUCCUUUCCUCCAUGGCAGUGGAUCCUGUGUCCUAAACAGCAUUUGGUUGCUUCUCAUAAGGUGGAAGGAUACUUGUCCAUGGAGAACAUGUGCCAUAUCAAAUCAAGUGAGGUAGAAGAUUGUAAUAGAAGUCUGACAUGGAAAGAAGAUAGCAACGAUUCGCAGAGAGAAGAGCCCUUUGAUUGUGGCACUUUAGUAUGUCCAGAGCAUGAAGUAAACCACUAUGAUUUUCACAUCGUCUACAGUUCUUCAUAUAGAGUUCCAGUCCUGUAUUUUCGUUCAUACCAUAGUGAUGGGCAACUAUUGUCUUUCAAUGAAAUUGAAAAGGAUCUUCCCUGUAACUCUGCAAAGUUACUAUUAGAAUCGAAAUGGACAUUUAUAACUCAUGAGGAACAUCCACAUUUGAAUAGACCAUGGUACAAAUUACAUCCAUGUGGGACGAGUGAAUGGAUGAAGCUCCUCUUCGACGGUGAUUCAUCUUUGAACAGAAAUGGUUUUGUUAUUGAACGCUAUCUGGUUUCCUGGUUCUCGGUCAUUGGACAAGUAGUUGGUCUCAAAAUUCCUUUGGAAAUGCUGGAUACUGUAGUUUCUAACGAUUCUUAGACUUUUGUUCAUGCUUGCACAAAAGCAAUAUAAAUGAAAAAAGGACAAAGAAAGUUUCUGCCCGCCA